AUAUCCUAUGCUUUAUUUACCGGCUGAAUUUUCUUGGGAUAAUCCUUUACGUAUGGAUCAAGAGAAGAUUGAUAUAAUUAAAAGUGUUGAUUUUGUAAUGAUUGAAUAUAAAAAAUUAUUAGAUAAUAUUUUAGAAAUUACAGAAAAAAAUACCAAUACAAUACAAGAUUCUUUAAAUCAAUUGGGUUUAUUAUAUGAGACUGAACAUGAUAAAAAGAAUUUUUUAAAUAUAAUCACUGAAGUACUAGUAAACGGAAAAGAUGCGGAAGAAAUUAAUGAUAAUAAUAUAAAAGAAAUUUUUAGAUCAUUUGAAUUUUUGUAUUAA